GCCAGUCCUCCGCCAUAUUGACUGUUGUCUUCACUGGAGGAGAUAAAGAACAUUUUCGGGUCCGAGAAGAAACGAAAGUGUGCUCGUCGAACCCUCGAAACUGGUGCAAACUUGGCCGAAGCGUACCGCAAGCACCGACGUGAUGGCGAGGAAGAAAAGCAAGCAGCAAGCGGCCGUCCAGAAGGAGCUGGUGCUCGGACAGCAGAGCGCCGCGAAGAGCCCCGUCUCUCCCGGCGAUGCAGCUGGCGGCGACGGCGGAGAUGCUGAGCUGGACAGGCUGGCCAACACCAGGGCGAACCAGCCCAUGCACACCUGCUGCCUCCUGUGCCACCGAGAAUUCAAGGACUGGGGAGCAGGCUCUGUAAACGGCCUCCCCGUGGGCCACGGGACGAAGCUGGCCGACGCCGUGCCUGCGCUCUCCCAGGCCUUACUGCGGGAGGCGCCGGGGCGAAAGCUGGCUGACGCCGUGCCCUCGCUGUCUCAGUCUCUGCUCGGAGAGGUGCCUCUGUGGAUCUGUCAGAGCUGCUGUAAGAGUGUGGAAGAGGAGGAGAGGCGGAGCACGCAGGAGCAGCCCACAUCGGUACCAUUGUCACAUUCUUCCUCCUGUAAGUCCCAAAGCUGUGGGAAUGGUUACCCGGAACAAAGCGCCGUGGACUGGGACCCGAGUUCCUUCCUGUCAGCCCACAAAUUGUCAGGUCUGUGGAACUCGGUCCACGCCAACGGAGGAGAGCACUGCAACCACAGCACUUCUUCACACUCACAACAAGCAGGGGGAACAGCAGGAACAGCCUUUCAUGAGAAAAGAGGACUUCAUGAAGUGCCUGGAAAAUCUGCUAAAACAUCAGGGUCCAAAGCGUGCCCCUACAGUCACCCGUCGUCCCAGAACUCCAGUGGGUCUUCUGCUGGGAACUCUCUGUCUACCUCCACAGACCUUUGUAAGACCACUCCCAAGCACUUCAAAACCAUGUGCCGUCGACCAACGCCGCCAGGUGAAGCCUUUCAUCCAAACGACCACCAUCAACAUACAGACUUAUCUGUACCCCCCAACAGUCCAACCGGCCUUUCGUCACAGCAUUCCUCCCUCCUGCCCCCGAAGCCGAGCUCCGGGCAGCAUGGCCACGUAAGCUCCUCCUGUGGCACUGGCGACCCUGCUCAUGCCUCUUUUCCCCCGCUGGUACCAAACCUCCACAGCACCACGGCCAAACUCAGCUCUCCAAGUCCAGACAGCCCCACAUCUGUGCACAAGCCCAGCCCAUGCAAAAACUCCCACAUUCCACCCGUGAACACACAGCACAGCAAACUGGGAACGUCUCUAAUGGGCUGCAAUCACUCUUGUAACGGACACAGCCAGGGAACUGUGGCCACGUCUAAUGUGGGCCAUCUAACAGCUGGAGCCUGCAGGGAUCAGGCAUGUAAGGGGCAUAAAGUGACAAAUGGGACAUUGUGCCACCCUUCAUCUGAGCUGGAAGAGGGGGAGGAUGAAGAUAGCAGUUCUGAAAGGAGCUCCUGUGCCUCCUCUUCUACCAACCAGAAGGAUGGGAAGUACUGCGACUGCUGCUACUGCGAGUUCUUUGGACACAACGCGCCCCCAGCUGCACCAACCAGCCGAAACUACGCUGAGAUCCGAGAGAAGCUUCGCUCACGUCUAACCCGGCGUAAAGAGGAGCCUCCUCAGCGCCAGGAUUCAGAGCUGACGGCGGUGGGUGCCAUUGACAACAGGGACGUAGACGAGCUGCUAGACUUCAUAAACAGUUCAGAGCCCAAACCUGUCAACAGCGCCAAAGCUGCCAAAAGGGCUCGACACAAACAGAAGAAGAAGGAGAAAGCUCAGCAGAACAACACGGGUGCUGCAGGCAGUGAACCCCAAUCCAAUCCAGCUGAUGAGCCCACUGACGAACCCGUUCCCGACGGUCCAGAAACCAGUCGACUGCUUGACUGGCCUCAGCUAGAACUAGAACGGGUCAACAGUUUUCUCACAAGUCGACUAGAAGAGAUCAAGAACACCAUCAAAGACUCAAUCCGAGCCUCUUUUAGCAUGUACGACCUCAACCUGGACGUGAACGACUUUCCAAAGAAGGCAGCCACGUUGGAGGGAAACCAUUUACUGUCCCACCUGAAUGGUUCCUCCGACAUGCAGCAAAUAGACUUGGACCUCUCUCCUCUUUCGCUGGGAACCUUUAAGAGCCACCUGGACCUGGUAAAUGGAUGGGAAGACACAAAUGUCGCCUCAUCCCCAAAUGCUGCCACCAACACCUCAUCGGGUCUUAGUGCCGCUUCAAAGGACAUCCAGCGGUUACACACUACUACCGUUCUUUCAAAGCUCAUAGGAGUUGGCUCACCAGAAAGACGCACUUCCACUGGAUCUGACAGUUCGCCGCAGGUGCCAGCUCAAACAGUGGCUAAAUCGAAGGAGGACACCAGCGACCCCAAAAACACAGCAGUUGGAAAUGGCAGUGUGAAGUCCAAGAAGAAUAAAAAGCAGCAGCAGCAACAACAGCAGAAACAGGAGCCAUCUGUGCCAGAGCAAACUUCUAAUAAACCAACCAAAGCUGCCUCUGGUAAUGAAGCACAGAAAACCAUUGAGUGUAAAGAAAUGGUAUCUAAUGGCUCAAAGUCUGGGAACAAGCAGCCUCAGCAUUCUGCAGACAACCAGAGGAACGGGCCGAAGAAAGCAGAAGAGGGCAGAUCAUCCAAACAUACAGCACAUGCAGCAAACGGUGCCUCCUCGGGCACACAAAGAGGGAAGUUUGAGCCAGAGACACGAGGAGGCCGGUCUGAGCAGGAAUCGGAGAGCAAAGCUCAUCCUGCUAUUCUAGCAAACGGGCCUCAACAGCAACAGCCUAAGGGGAAAAACAAGAAGAACAAGAAUAAGGGAGAAAAGUCCAGCAGUGCUCUUGAUGACGUAUUUCUUCCUAAAGAUGUGGAUCCAAAAGAAAUGGAUGAGAUCGAUCGGGAGGUUGAAUACUUCAAAAGGUUUUGCCUCGAUUCUGCUAAACAAACGCGCCAGAAGGUAGCAGUGAACUGGUCCAACUUCAGCCUCAAGAAGGUUCCUUCGAAUGCAGCUCAAUAACUUGGGCGAGUGCCGGAGGAAAUAAAAACAACUUCACACCACAGACUCUUUCAGCAGAGCCCUGUUCGCCCGGAAGCCUUUUCUCAUUCCCACUUUUCUUCUCCCGUCAAAGCCAAGGGACCUUUAUUGAAACUCACAAUACGAAGACUGAAACACGACUUGAGGCUUACAAGCCAGUGAGCAUUCUCAAGGCCAACUCUGCCCUUUGUUAUUACGGCAGUGUGCUUUUAAAUGAGAUACAACAUGGAAAUAAGUAUGUUGACUCAAAUGCAUCCAUGUGCUUACAUAUGCAGUAUGUAAACAUUUACCUUAUGAAAUAAAUGGUUUUUUAUCAAAAAAAAAUCUGAGACAAUUUAACCUUGUGAAACCGAUGGAUUCCAAUCAAUUCAAAUUGGUGCUCAUCAUCCAUUGACAACCCAAAACAUUAUUUAAAACUGACGCUGUACAGUUAAGAAAAGUGCAUUUUGACCUACAGUUGAGGAAAACUAACAUCACACUGAGCAACAGUGAUGACGGCUGCAUUGAUCCUUGCCACAACGAGACUCCAGUGGUUUUGAAGAGAAACACUUCUAGAUUUUAAUUAUGA